AUGUGGAGCGGCCGCAGCUCCUUCACGAGCCUGGUGGUGGGCGUGUUCGUGGUGUACGUGGUGCACACCUGCUGGGUUAUGUACGGCAUCGUCUACACCCGCCCGUGCGCCGACGACGGAAACUGCAUUCAGCCCUACCUGGCGCGGAGGCCCAAGCUGCAGCUGAGCGUGUACACCACCACGAGGUCCAACCUCGGUGCUGAGAACAAUGUCGACCUGGUGUUGAACGUGGAAGACUUCGACGUGGAGUCCAAAUUUGAAAGGACAGUUAAUGUUUCUGUACCAAAGAAAACGAGAAACAACGGAACUCUGUAUGCCUACAUUUUUCUCCAUCACGCUGGCCUCCUUCCGUGGCACGAUGGGAAGCAGGUGCACCUGGUGAGCCCUCUCACCACCUACAUGGUCCCCAAGCCUGAAGAAAUCAACCUUCUCACCGGGGAGUCUGCAACGCAGCAGCAAAUCGAAGCUGAGAAGAAGCAGACCAGUGCUGUGGACGAGCCCGUGUCACACUGGCGGCCGCGGCUCACACUGAACGUGAUGGUGGACGACUUCGUCUUUGAUGGCUCCUCUCUGCCCGCCGACGUGCAUCGGUACAUGAAGAUGAUCCAAUUAGGGAAAACUGUCCAUUACUUGCCCAUCUUGUUCAUCGACCAGCUGAGCAAUCGAGUCAAGGAUCUGAUGGUCAUAAACCGCUCCACCACCGAGCUGCCGCUCACCGUGUCCUACGAUAAGAUCUCUCUGGGGAAGCUGCGCUUUUGGAUCCACAUGCAGGACGCCGUGUACUCCCUGCAGCAGUUCGGGUUUUCAGAGAAGGACGCUGAUGAAGUUAAGGGAAUUUUCGUAGACACCAACCUGUAUUUCUUAGCUCUGACCUUCUUUGUCGCGGCGUUUCAUCUCCUUUUUGAUUUCCUGGCAUUUAAAAAUGACAUCAGUUUCUGGAAGAAGAAGAAGAGCAUGAUUGGGAUGUCCACAAAAGCAGUGCUCUGGCGCUGUUUCAGCACCGUGGUGAUAUUCCUCUUCCUUCUGGAUGAGCAGACGAGUCUGCUGGUGCUGAUCCCGGCCGGCGUGGGAGCGGCCAUCGAGCUGUGGAAAGUGAAAAAGGCUUUGAAAAUGACUGUUGUUUGGAAAGGCCUAAGACCUGAACUUCAGUUUGGCACAUACAGUGAAUCGGAAAGGAGAACUGAGGAAUAUGAUACUCAGGCUAUGAAAUACCUGUCCUACCUGCUCUACCCUCUGUGCAUCGGCGGAGCCGUGUACUCACUCCUCAACAUCAAGUAUAAAAGUUGGUACUCCUGGCUAAUCAACAGCUUCGUCAAUGGAGUGUACGCCUUUGGCUUUCUCUUCAUGCUACCCCAGCUCUUUGUCAACUACAAGAUGAAGUCGGUGGCACACCUACCGUGGAAGGCGUUUACCUACAAGGCCUUCAACACCUUCAUUGACGACGUCUUUGCCUUCAUCAUCACCAUGCCCACCUCACACCGACUGGCGUGCUUCCGGGACGACGUGGUCUUCCUUGUUUAUCUUUACCAAAGAUGGCUUUAUCCUGUGGAUAAGAGCAGAGUCAAUGAGUUUGGAGAGUCUUAUGAAGAGAAGCCCAUACGGAAACCUCACCCAGACUAG